AUCUAUGUUGUACGAUCAUUAAACGUCACAAAAUUUGCAGAGUUCAACACUUUCUCAAAGUACAUCGCGUUGAUUAUGGAAAGCUCUUGGGACGACCGCGGCUUUCGCAAAUAUCCCGGUAAGCAAGAAGAUCGCAGCUAUGUCGUUUGGUCCAUUUUUGCGUCCCAGGGUGCUGAUCCCUCUCUUAACCAUAUUUCACAAGGCGGCGGGAGGCGAAACUAUAGAGAUGGAGAUCGUCGAGGCCCUCGCGACAAUCGACGCUUUCAUGACAGGGGAGACGCUGAUGCACCUAGUCAAGAUGAAGAAGAAACCUCUGAAAGAAAACUUGCUAAUAUUAUAAUGGCCUUCGGGAAUCAAAAAUCUCCUGAAGAAAUGCACGGUCAGAUAACAGAGUUGUCUACAAUAAUAAAUGACGAAUUCACUCUCAAUUCUGAAUUGAUUUUGCGAACACUGAAGGCUUGUGUGACAGAAUUACCAAUGAAGAUAUUCUUGUACGCGACUCUUGUGGGCGUCGUAAAUGUAGAACGACCUAUUAUUGGAGCUGCUGUAGUCGAAAUGGCAAUUGAAAGUAUGCAGAGUUAUCUGAAUGAGGGUAAUUGGAGGAGUGCAAAGCUGAUGCUCAAAUUUUUUGCCGAAUUGACAAAUGCAUACGUAAUACUGCCUGGAACCAUGAUAUCCGUAUACAACAGUCUCACAGACGUAAUCUGCGAGCCAGGCGUUAAAAGACUACGCGCAGACACUAUAGCAGAAAUGAUAUUACUUUCAAUUCCAUAUGUUGGUAAACGACUACACGAGAGAGUUUCCAACCAAUUUGAUGACUUGCUAGAUAGGUUCACAAAAUAUUUUGAUGAACGAAGACAGCUCGAUUCUUCUGUCACGGCGGUAUUUAAUGCAACAAAACCGUACUACUCCGAAAACUUAUUGUACGAGCAAAGUGAUACGUUAGAACUUUUAUGGGCUUCAAUUUUGAAUAUAAAAGAUAAUAGCUGGCUUUGUCCGAUGCUUAUGACUUUAUGGCCAGAAUACGAUUCAUCACUGGUGACAGCAGAUCAGCACGACGUCGAGCCGUUAAGUAUACCGCCUCCCUCCGAUCGACUACAAUAUGCGCAUAAACACCCAGUAUUCCGAAUAUUUGUUGGCGCGCUGGAUGAGACCAAUCCCCUCGUUCCAGACCCAGCCCACAUUAACCAUUUCCUAAUGUAUGACGUUGUCCAGGAUAUUAUUGAUAUAUUCGAAGUUAAUCGAAAGGAAUGUGUCAAAAUUCUUAAAGAAUUGCGAUACUUCUUUGCGCCAGGGACUUUUGCGAGUGAUGAUAGAAAUACCCCAGUAAGGGAAAGUCAGGAUAAUAUUGUGGGAGAUGGUGAUGAUGAGAGUGGAGAUAAGAUUAAAGCCGAGGUCAAAGAAGACAUGGAAGGAACAGAAAUCAAGAAAGAGAAAGAAAAUGAGCCGGAGAGUGAAAACACGGAAGGAAAUGAGCAUGAAACUAAACGUAUGCCUGGGUUUGGUCUUGAGCAAGUGCUCGUUGAGAACUUUGCAAACUGCUGCCGGAUACUUUUCCGCCUGCGAUAUCCUUUAUUGCAAACCGAUUUCUGCUUACCAUAUUUAUGUUUGUAUCUGUGCCUUAAUUCUGGUUCGCUUUUGUCUUACUUAGGUAAAGCUAUAAGAAUAUUGUUCGACCGUCUUGAUAUGAUGGACGUUGAAUGUGUUUAUCGCUAUUGGAACUGGUUUUCCCAUCAUCUAAGCAACUUUAACUUUGUAUGGAAGUGGAAUGAAUGGGAAGAUUGUAUCCGAGAGGAUCCACUUCAUCCUAAACUCUGCUUUAUACGAGAGACGUUUGAGAAGUUAAUACGAUAUAGCUAUUAUGAUAGGAUCAAAUCCAAUGUAUCCGAGGAAUUCUUAGUCGUGUUCCCAGCAGCAGAGCCCACAACUAAUUUUCGUUAUGGGAGUGAUGAUAAUCAAUAUCAUACUUUAGCACAACAGGUGUUAGGAAAACUUCGCAGUAAAAGUUCCAAUGAUCAAAUUCAAUCACUCCUCUCCGAAGUGCGUACUAUUAUCCCCGAUUCGCCAGAAGCUGAACAGGACAACGUUAUGCGGGACAUCCUGGUCCAAUGUGUGUUAAUGCUAGGUAGCAAGAGUUUCAGUCACGUUCUUAAUGUGAUUGAGAGGUAUCUCACUUUGUUGCAGUCAUAUAAUACAACGGCCGAAGCCAGAGUCCACACUGUUAAAAUAGUGGCCGAUUUCUGGUCAAAGAAUACCCAGUUCCUUGGGAUUCUGCUUGACAAGUUGCUAAAUUAUCGAGUAGUUGAUGCAAGUUCAGUUGUCACGUGGAUUUUUUCGGAAGGAUUUGACAAGGAGGUUUCUAGAUCCUAUAUCUGGGAGAUUCUUAAAAAUACAAUUAAUAAAGUGAUUUCCCGUGUAUCCCAAAUACAAGCAAAGCUGGAUAGUUUGCGUAAAACAGCAGAAGAGCAAGGUGGUGAUAUGACGUCUGAUGACCGACAGAGUGCAGCAGGGAGUGAGACAGAGUCAAUCCAACAGAUUGAGAACACGCUUAGCAUGGUAACGAGGGAACAAAAGGAAGUAUUGUUGUUGGUAUUUCAAAAGUUUGCGGACGUGUUGUCCAAACAGUUGCUAGAGUACAGGCAGCAGGGUAUUGACGAUCCGUUAACGCAGUGGUGGUUCUACUGGGUCUGGGGUUUCUUUAGAGAUAUUGCAAGAGUGUAUUAUUCUCAACUAUCAUCAUUUAUAGUGACAUUGGAGACUAUCGUGUUGACACCUGGUGUGGAUCCCAUUAUUGAGAAUACUGUUAAACUUGUAAGGGCAUUUGGAUAUGUCGCAGGACAACUCGAAUUUUAG